GGUGCUGCUGUUGGUGACAACAUCGGGGUGCACCAGCGAACUGGUGUUCACGCAAGAUGUCAACUAAACUUCUUCCUCGUCGUGUUUUUCUGGCUUCCAGCGGUGCUUCGUCCUGCACAGUCCUCGCGAGAAGGGCAAGAACUACUUCCGCUAGUUAGUGCUUAGCCCGAACCCUGAUUGGAUGAACACCUUCAACUCAGCCCUCAGCGAAAAGCCUCGCUUUUCUGUGUCUUCCACCUGAGCAUCCCUUCCCUGGAAGUCAUCGAAAGGCGAUCCAAUCCACCAUGUCCACAAAGCAUAGGAGAGAGAAAGGACCUAAGAAUGACCCCUUCCGUUUCCAAGGAGAAGGGAUCACAUUCAAGGGGAAACUCAUCGGCAGCGAAGCCGUCGCCCACGAUCGGGGCGAUCGAAUGUGUGCGGACGCGAUGGCGAGGCUGAAAUCCGUGGUGAAGGCUUCGGGGGAACACAAGCAACGCGUUUCACUCACUGUCUCACUUGAAGGUGUCAAAGUGUUCGACGAAAAGACCCAGGAACUGAUGUGCCACCAUCCGGUUCACCGGAUAUCCUUCAUAUCCCAGGAUCAGACCGAUCCUCGGGCGUUCGGCUACGUUUCGGGUGCCCCCCAAGGGGGGCAUUCCUUCAUAGCCAUCAAAACAGAGAAGGCGGCAUCGCUGAUCGUGAUUGCUCUUCGCGACCUUUUCCAUGUGGUCCUUGAAAUGAAGCAGCAUGAGUUGAAACGCAGGAGUGGGUCUACGUCCAACUCCACGGUGAGCCAAACCAACAACGCCAGCAACCGCAAUUCUCUUCCUUCCUCGUCUACGAGUCACGUAAGCUCACGCUAGAGGUUCAAACUAAUCGUUGACUUGGCUUCCCCGAAUCCGCUCCGAAAUAAAUCAACGGAUUUCCAAUCGCUCCCGAUUGUGGAUUGCUCUGAAUCGCAAGAGGCCGAGAGGAAACCUGAAGUGCCCGUUGUAGAUGACCUCCUUGACCUGCAGAGUGAGAUGGAUUGUUUGCGUCAGGGCAUCGAUCAGAUCGAAGGGGAGAUAACUUCGGCAGAAGCAGCUUUUGGAUCUGAUCCAUUCGGAUCGACGUCUGAAAUGUCUCAAACGAGUUCUGUGAUUGAAUCAAACGGAUAUUUUCAACCAAAUAAGGUCUGUUUACCCCCGGUUAAUCCUCAACCCUUGCUGCCGCCGCCUCCGACGAGUUCGUUACCCUCAACUCCAAAGCGGAUGUCUGGACAGACUCGUCAGGGCCUCGGCUCUUCGGGCUCAUCGGGUUUCUUUUCCGAGGGGAUCUCUGCGCAAUCAUCGGCUAGCGGAGAAUCGAAUCAAGUCUCGAUGACUCUCCCCAAAGGUUUUACAGCAGGUUCAUCCAGCAGUAGUUGGUUGGAUGGAACUCAGGACGUCCACCGAGCGUCUCCGUCUCACGCGCAGGGGACCACUUCCAACAUGGCCGUUACGUUGAACAGGCCACCUCAGAGGGUUCCGUCUACAGCUCCAGCGAGCUCGGCUCAAACCCAAUUCAGUUUCGAAGGCCUCGAUUUCUCAAAACGGAGUUUGCCACCGCCACCCGGUCGAGGGAGUCAACAGGGACGGAGCGGCGCCACUUCCGCCUCAAAUGCUCUAUUAAGUCUAGGAGAGAUGUCUAACGCGUUACCAAAUAAUACGAGUGCGCAAACUCGACCCCAGUCAGCCGCGAUAAAUGAGUUGAGCGCAAAUCGAGUGGUGCCGCCGACCUCGUCCGCUCCUUCAACGGUUUUCAACGCGGUGUUCGAUAGAGCGAGACCGAACUCAGGCCUCAUCGGCCACGUACCUCCGCAAUCGACUUCGGUCGAUAGCGUGUUUGUGGACGACUUCAAGUUCACUCAGCCCGCCCCGGUUCAGCGAGAGGCGAAUUUCUCGGCUGCUCAAUUCUCCUUCGAAUCUGUGGCUUCGUCGCUGUCUCGUGCGCGAACUCAGGAGAGCACCGAGCUGUUCGUAGAACUCUCGCCCGCGAACCGACCAGCGCCCGUCGAGACCAUGGGAUCAUCGUCGUCAUUCGGCUCCUCCACUGUGCAUAGCGGGAGCGAGGCAACUUCCCCGCGUAUCAUCGGGGGUUUGUCCUCCUCACCGCCGUGCAACAAGGGCGGAGAAAUUCCUCCAGCAGACAAAUACGCAGUUUUCGAAGAACUGAAACAGAAAGAAGAGGCUGCGUCGACGUUCCCGACCGCCAACGACUUUAGGCCCGAGGCUCCGCCGGCAAAGACUGAUCUUUUCGCCGACUUCUCGAACUUCUCUAACGUUCCGCAGAAAUCUGCGUUGGCCGCUCAGGAAUCCUUCUUGAACGACUCCGGCGUCAAUGUUUCCACGGUCAGCAACAAUUCCUUCGCGAAUUUCGAGUCGUCGUUCAACUUCGAGACAAAUGCAACAACUUUCGAGACCGACUUCUCUGCGUCGACGUCGGCGCUCAGUUCUACGUCGAUGCCGCGCCCGCGAACAACCCAACCUAAAACUGAAAACUCGGUGCCGUCGACUGACUUCGCCAAUUUCUUCGAAGAAACAACCGCGUUCGAGGCCAAAUUCGAUGCCUUCUCAACCGGGCCAAACUCCAAGCCAAACGAGCCAAUCAAACGGCCACCGAUGCUAAACGAAGCCAUGAGAAGUAACCCGUUCUGCGCGCUGAGUACGGAUUCCACACCAUCUGAGGAUUUCAACACACCCCAGACAGGACUCCCGCGAAAGACGCCUUCGUCCAACGAUAAUUCGGUCUGUUCGCCGAGCGACGCAACGACCGCAACAAAUCAUUUCGUAUCGGCUGCUUCGAGUCCGUCGAGUGACCGCUUCGUGACUAUGGCGUCCGGUUCUAGUCUUUCGUCGUCAGAAAACGAUCUUUCCGCCCCGGUCACGGUGCCGACCCCCACCGUCACCGGCUCCCAGGCCCAACCGCCGUCUCAAUUGGCUUUCCCGCCAUUCGCUUUUGACGCACCGGCUGCUCCAGCGGUGUCGUUCGCUUCCCCGCUAGUUGUUCCAUCAUCCCACGCACACGAAUCAUCCGUUCCCACCGCAGCAAAUCCGUUCUGUAUGGGCAGUUUUACACUGCCCCCUCAGAAAUCGAAAGUCGAAAUCGACGAAGGUUUCUGCGGUAGCAACGCAAGUAGCGUGUCUCCUCACCUACCUCAAAAAAUGACUUGUGCUAUCGAGUCGCAGCACAACGAUUUCCCCGUCUCGUUCCCAUCCGAUAACGUUUCGGCUCCCGUUCGGAACGGAACGCAAUCAGGAAUAUUCAAGAAGAAGGACGAUCCUUUCAACGAGGACUUCUUCAACAUGCUGAACAGCACACCGGCGGAAACUCCGGGACAGCCCCAGCAGCAACAGUUUGAUGCAUUCUGGUGUAGGUAG